AUGUCAGGACAAGAUACUGUUGAUUUAACUAAGAAUACUUCUGAUUUACAAAUAAUUGACACUAGUAAAGGUUUUACUCCUGAGGUUGUACCAGAUGAGAAGCUAGAGUAUAUUGGCGCCGAUCUGGAUUUGACUGCUGAUCUUGAAGAUGAUGUUGCAUCCAUUAAUUUGAUUCAAUUGAAGAUCAGGUCAAUGGAAGAGCUAGAGUUACCAAGAUUUAGGAAAUUGGAGCAAUUGUGCCUUAGACAGAAUUUAAUUGAAAAUAUCAGUGAAGUAGAUGUCUUACCUUAUGAUGCUAUGGUCGAUCUUGAUUUUUAUGAUAAUAGAAUUAAACAUAUUUCGAGUAAUUUGAAUAAAUUGACGAAUUUAGAAAAUUUAGAUUUAUCAUUUAAUCUUAUUAAAAGGAUAAAAAAUAUUGACAAAUUAGUAAAACUAAAGAAUUUGUACUUGGUACAAAAUAAAAUCUCAAAAAUUGAGAACUUAUCGACAUUGACAGAGUUGGAGAAUUUGGAAUUAGGUGGUAAUGAAAUCAAAGAAAUCGAAGAAGAUUCAUUCGUAGGCUUGUCGAAAUUAAAGGAAAUAUGGUUAGGCAAAAAUUCUAUACCAAGAUUAAUCAAUCUACAUCAUUUGAAGUCUUUGAAAAUAUUAUCAAUCCAAGGUAAUAAAUUAAAGAAAAUCGAAGGCCUAGAAGAGCUAGAAAACUUGGAAGAAUUAUAUGUUGCUAAUAACUUUAUCUCAAAAAUUGAAGGUCUAGAGAAUAAUAAAAAGCUAACUACAUUAGAUAUCACAUCGAAUAAAAUCACAGAAAUUUCAAAUCUGAGCCACUUAACAGAACUAACAGAUUUAUGGGCAUCUUUCAAUAAAAUCGAUCAGUCAUUUGAAUCUCUAGGUGAAGAAUUGAAAAAUUGUAAACAACUUGAUACUAUUUACUUAGAAGGUAACCCAAUCCAACUGAGAAAUGAGACUUCAUACAGAAGGAAAUUAGUGUUGAAUUUAGGUCCUUCUCUGCAAAAGAUAGACGCCACUUACAUUCAAGGUUAA